CGCCGAGGGUGACGUGUGGCGUAAACCACACUGACGACCUGCGCCUGUCACCACCCCCCGGGGUUUGUAGCAGAGGAGGAGCGGGCGCCAUGGCGGUUCUGCUGGAGACCACUUUGGGCGACGUCGUCAUCGACUUGUACACCGAGGAGCGGCCGCGUGCCUGCUUGAAUUUCUUGAAAUUGUGCAAGAUAAAAUAUUACAAUUAUUGCCUUAUUCACAAUGUACAGAGGGAUUUUAUCAUACAAACUGGUGAUCCUACAGGGACUGGCCGUGGAGGAGAGUCUAUUUUUGGCCAACUGUAUGGUGAUCAAGCAAGCUUUUUUGAGGCAGAAAAAGUCCCAAGAAUAAAGCACAAGAAGAAAGGCACAGUGUCCAUGGUGAACAAUGGCAGCGAUCAACAUGGAUCUCAGUUUCUCAUCACUACAGGAGAAAAUCUAGAUUACCUUGAUGGUGUCCAUACAGUGUUUGGUGAGGUGACAGAAGGAAUGGACAUAAUUAAGAAAAUUAAUGAGACCUUUGUUGACAAGGACUUUGUACCAUAUCAGGAUAUCAGGAUAAAUCACACGGUGAUUUUAGAUGAUCCAUUUGAUGACCCUCCUGAUUUAUUAAUCCCUGAUCGAUCACCAGAACCUACAAGGGAACAAUUAGAUAGUGGUCGAAUAGGAGCAGAUGAAGAAAUUGAUGAUUUCAAAGGACGAUCAGCUGAGGAAGUAGAAGAAAUAAAAGCAGAAAAAGAGGCUAAAACUCAGGCUAUACUUUUAGAGAUGGUGGGAGACCUACCUGAUGCAGAUAUUAAACCUCCAGAAAAUGUGCUGUUUGUAUGUAAAUUGAACCCAGUGACCACAGAUGAGGAUCUGGAAAUAAUAUUCUCUAGAUUUGGGCCAAUAAGAAGUUGUGAAGUUAUCCGGGACUGGAAGACAGGAGAGUCCCUCUGUUACGCUUUUAUUGAAUUUGAAAAGGAAGAAGAUUGUGAGAAAGCGUUCUUCAAAAUGGACAAUGUACUUAUAGAUGACAGAAGAAUACAUGUGGAUUUUAGCCAGUCUGUUGCAAAGGUUAAAUGGAAAGGAAAAGGUGGGAAAUACACCAAGAGUGAUUUCAAGGAAUAUGAAAAAGAACAAAAUAAUCCAUCUAAUUUGGUUCUGAAAGAUAAAGUAAAGCCCAAACAGGAUGCAAAAUACGAUCUUAUACUAGAUGAGCAGGCAGAAGACUCAAAAUCAAGUCACUCACACACAAGUAAAAAACACAAGAAGAAAACCCGGCACUGCUCUGAAGAAAAAGAAGAUGAGGACUACAUGCCAAUCAAAAAUCCUAAUCAGGAUAUCUAUAGAGAAAUGGGGUUUGGUCACUAUGAAGAAGAAGAAAGCUGUUGGGAGAAACAAAAGAGUGAAAAGAGAGAUCGAACUCAGAACCGAAGUCGUAGCCGAUCUCAAGAGAGGGAUGGCCAUUAUAGUAAUAGUCACAAAUCCAAAUACCAAACAGAUCUUUACGAAAGAGAAAGGGGUAAAAAGAGAGACCGAAGCAGAAGUCCAAAGAAAUCCAAAGAUAAAGAAAAAUCUAAGUACAGAUGAAAGAUGAAGAGGCAGAAUUGAGUGGCUAACAUAUUUACUCUUGUCUAACUUAGCGUGUCAGGAAAGCAGAUGCUUAGAUUUUGUGUCAAAGCUUGUUUUUUUUCAUACUAGGAUUGUGGCCCUUUAGAUUAAUACUGAUUAUAUAGGGCAUUAAAAAAUAAAGAACUGAACAUUUUCUUUGUAUACUUUUUUACAGUAAUUUUAUUGUUAAACAUAAAUGGUAGUCUUCAUUUUUGAAAUAUUUUACAUUUUCAUCUUUUUUUAAUGAAAUAUUUCAUACUACAAAAAUACAUAAGCAUGUAUAUAUAAAGUAAAGGGAUAAUAGAUGUAAAUAUCUGUGUACUCAUCAGCCAGCUUAAAAUACAGAAUAUGGCCUCCAUUUUAGAAGUCCCUUAAGUGCCCUCUCCCUCUCAAGUAAUUAUUUGGAAUUUUGUGUUUGUCAUCUGCCUAUUAUAGUUUUACAACAUAUGUAUGUAUCUGUAAAUGAAAUGUUAAUUUUGUAUGUUUCUGAAUUUUAUAUAAAUGGCAAAAUGUUUACUUCUGUGACUUUCAUUUUUAUUGCUACAUAGUAUUAUAUGAAUAUACUACAGCUUAUUCUUCUCUUGAGGGACAUUUGAGUUCUGUUUAUUUUUAUUUUUGCUGUUGAAACAAUGCUGCUGUGAACAUUGUCUAGGAAUUAUGUUGCUUGAUAUGUUGAUAAAAUAAUGCCACAUUAUAUUCUGAAGUGGCUGUGCUGGUUUAUACCCCUCCUGGCUCUGUGACUUACCUUUGUAUUAUACCAUCUCCAACACUUGUUAAGUUCAGACUUUUAAAAAUUUGCCAACCUAGUGAAUGUUAAGUGGUAUCUUACUGUGAUUUCCAGCAAGAUUAUUCUCUGUUCUUCCAUGUGUAAGAUGUCCUUUUUUUCCUGGCUGCUUUUAAGGUUUUCUCUCUGUCACUCAUUCUAAGCAGUUUGAUAGGUGCUUGAUACUGUUUUUUUGGUUUUUUUUUUUUCAUGUUUCUUCUGCUGUAGCUAUUCUACCUGUGGGUUUAUGGUUUUCAUAGAAUUUGGAAAUUUGGGGACAUUUUUUUCUUCUGUUUUGUUUUUCUUUUCUUUUUUUUUAUUUUUUGAGACGGAUUUUCGCUCUUGUUACCCAGGCUGGAGUGCAAUGGCGCAAUCUCGGCUCACUGCAACCUCCGCCUCCUGGGUUCAGGCAAUUUUCCUGCCUCAGCCUCCUGAGUAGCUGGGAUUACAGGCACGUGCCACAAUGCCCAGCGAAAUUUUUUUUGUAUUUUUAGUAGAGACAGGGUUUCACCAUGUUGACCAGGUUGGUCUCGAUCUCUCGACCUCGUGAUCCACCCGCCUUGGCCUCCCAAAGUGCUGGGAUUACAGGCUUGAGCCACCGCACCUGGCCAUUCUAUUUUGUUUUUCUGUCUCUCUGCCCCUCUCAUGCUUCUCCUGGGGCUCCGAUGACUUGGAUGUACAUUAGGCCCCUCAAAGUUGUCUCCCAGUGUGCUGAUGCUUUUCUCAGCUUUUUAAAAAGCCUUUUUCUUGCUGUGUUUCAUGUUGGGUAGUUUCCACCGCUGUGUCCUCAUUGUUCAUUAAUCUUCUCUUCUGAAGUAUCUAAUUUCCUUUUAAUCGUAUCCAGGUAUUUUUCACCUCAGACAUUUUAGUUUUUAGAGGCUGUGUCUGGGACAUUAUCUCUCGUGUGUCUUCUUCACAUGCUCAUGCCUUCCUCUAUUUUUAACAUUUGGAGUGUAUUGAUAGGAGCUGUUUCAGUGUACUUGCACAUUCUGUCAUCCGCAUCAUUUCUGGGGUCUGUUUCUAUUGAUUGAUUCUGACCCUACCCCAACCCCUACACUGCCCAUAUUGGGUUGUAAUUUCCUUCAUUAUGUGCCUGGUAAUUCUGUUUUUAACAUUGAGCUUAAGUUCUUUUAUUUAAGUAUCUUGAACUCUGUUUGGGGACAUAAAGUUACUUGGAAACAAUCUGAUCAUUUUGUAGCUUGCUUUUAAGCUUAGUGAGACAGUUCCGGGACAGUUUAGCACUAAUUUGACCCACUAUGAAGGUAAUACUGUUCUGAAUAAUCCUCCUGGUUACUGAGCCCUAUUGAGCUCCCAGUUGUAUUUCUUGUUCCUUUGUGCUGGUUCUUCCCAGCUGUGUGUAAUUACCUCACAUGCAUACACUGCUUGUUGUUUAGCUGAAGACUCAAGGGAAACCCAAUAUUCUACCCUGCAAAUCUUACCUUGGCUAUAUAGUAGGUUGUCUUUUUAUAUUUAAUAGAUUGUGGAUACUAAGAAUAAGUUAGGGAGUGCUGUGUCUCUCUUUCUCUCCCUCUCUGUUCUCUUGGAAGAAAAAAAAAAUUUAAAUUAUCUGUUCCUUAAAAGCUGCAUAGAGCUUACCUAUAAAAUUGUCUGAACUUUGCAUUUUUUGUGAGAAAAUUUCUUUGAUUAGGUUUCAAAAAUUAUAGAAUUAUUAGUCUUUCUAUUUCUUUAAUGUUAGUCAUUUUUAUUACAUUUCUCUGGGAAUUUAUUUUCAAUGAAGUUUUUAAUUUUGAUGGAGGUGCACAUAGUUUAGCUGGUAGAUUUUAGCUGAUAGAUUUUUACUGUCAUUUUGCUUUGUUGAUGAAUGUUGUUAUAUUUUAGUAUGUCUCAUAAAUAGCAUAUAGCUAGAUGAUUAUUAUUUUUUGAGACAGAGUCUUGCUUUGUUGCCCAGGCUGGAGUGCAGUGGUGGAAUCUCAGCUCACUGCAGCCUCUGCCUCCUGGGUUCAAGCAACUCUUCUAUCUCAGCCUCCUGAGUAGCUGGGACUACAGGUAGCCACCACCAUGCCUGGCUAAUGUGUGUGUGUGUGUGUGUGUGUGUGUGUGUAUAUUUUUUUUUUUCUAAAGAGUCUGGGUUUCACCAUAUUGGCCAGGCUGGUUUCAAACUUCUAACCUUGUGAUCCACCAGCCUCAGCCUCCCAAAGUGCUGGGAUUACAGGGGUGAGCCACCGCACCUGGCUGAUUAUUUUUAAAUUUAAUCUGAACUUUAACUGGUGAGCUUAUUUUUAUGUUUAUGGAUGUAUUUGGAUUUGUUUCUUACCACCUUAUUUUGUGCUUUUUAUGUUUUUUUUCAACCCUUUUUUUUCUUUUGGAAUCAAAUGUUUUUUAAUUCCACCCUCAUCGAUCUGCCCCCUCUGUUCUGGGGAGUUGCUUUGGAAUAUUACAUCCAUACUUAAAAAGUGUAAUGCUCUAUCUUUACCCUCCUAAUUGAAAGUCUUGGAACUCGCUAAGUCACUCAUCCAGUAUUUUAGUCAUAGCUUACGAUUUUUAACCUUAAAAUUAGACCUUGAGCUGCACUCAGUGGUGCACACCUGUAGUUCCGGUUGCUGAAUGGCUGAGGCAGGAGGAUCCCUUGAGGUUGGGAGUUAGAGGCUGCAGUACACUGUGACUGUGCCUGUGACCAGCUGCUGCAUUCCAGCCCGGGCAGCAUAGUGAGGUACCGUUUCUUAGAAAAAAUAUUAGACCUUCUGAUUAUUACUGCUUUUGUACAGAUAAUUUUUGGUUUAGAUUUACUUUAUAUGUUGGAAGUGUUUCUUUACUCAUUCUUGCAUCUCAGGCCUUUCACCUAGGAUAAUUUUCCUUCUUUCUGAAGCACGUCCUUUGAUGUUCCUCCAGUGACAGCUGUUGAUAACAAACUCUUACUUUACAUUUAUCGAAAAUGUUUUAAAGUCACUCAUUCUAUAAAGCUGAUUUUGUAUGUACAUAAUUCUAAGUUGACAGGUUUUUUUAUUUUCAGUACUCUGAAGAAUCAGUCUACUGUCUUUACUUGUGUUACUAAUGGGGAGAAAUCUUUUGUCAUUCCAAAUGUCAUUCUUUUCGAUAUAAUGUGACUUCUUUCUGAUUGCUUUUUCACUGUUAAUUAAACUUUCAAUUUUGAAGUCA